AGGGAAUGCUGGCUCCGUGAAGCCGCAGGCCCGGGGCCGGAGCAGCCGGGGCAGGCGGUGGUCUGCGGAGAGGGAGGCCGGAGGCUGACAGGAAGUUGGGUUAAGCUGGAGGGACUCUGAGAGAAGAAAAGGAAAGACAGCUGGAAAUUCUCGGGAAAGCGCACUGGAGUGGGAAAGGCAAAAGCAACAACAAUUAAAGAAGCCUUGUCCAGAUGGGAAGAAAAGACCGGUCAGAGGCCGUCUGAGGCCAGAGAGAUAAAACUGUAUGCCCAGAUCCCCCCGAUAGAGAAGAUGGAUGCGUCUCUGUCCACACUUGCCAACUGCGAGAAGCUUUCCCUGUCUACAAACUGCAUUGAAAAAAUUGCCAACCUGAACGGCUUAAAAAACUUGAGGAUUUUGUCAUUAGGAAGAAACAACAUCAAGAACCUCAAUGGACUGGAAGCAGUAGGAGACACGUUAGAAGAACUGUGGAUCUCCUACAAUUUCAUUGAGAAGCUGAAAGGGAUCCAUGUGAUGAAGAAACUGAAGAUUCUCUACAUGUCUAAUAACCUGGUAAAAGACUGGGCUGAAUUCGUGAAACUGGCAGAACUGCCAUGCCUGGAAGACCUGGUGUUCGUAGGCAAUCCGCUGGAGGAGAAGCAUUCUGCAGAGGGCAACUGGAUCGAUGAAGCAACCAAGAGGGUGCCGAAGCUGAAAAAGCUGGAUGGUACUCCAGUAAUUAAGCAGGAAGAGGAAGAUGAAAACUAAGGCCGUACUUUACACUUUGUGUUAAUUUAUUUAAACGUUAUGAGAACAAUA